GGCCACCAAGAAACCAAAGCUUUGCUCCUGUCCCUCCUCAAAAUCGACCACCUAGUAACAAACCCUUAUUUGUUCAAACAAAUCCAAGAGAAUAUGUGACAGGGAAUUUGUUAGGGGUCUGUUGGCCCGGGCCCUCCAAGGAAUGCCAAGCAGGCAGUGAAGUCAGGCCUUAAUACUAGUGUAUGCUGGAAAGUCAGCAGAGAACUGAUGUCAACAGUACUCUUGCACAUUUCUGUGCUCCAUGUGUGUCUGCCAUUAGCCAAUUCUAUGGUUACUCUGUAGGAGUUGCAACCCACUGGCAAAUCUAAGCCAAUUGGGAAAGCGCAUGUGCUGGGGGUUUUCCAACUCCAUUCUUCCCAACUUCUGCCUAAGUGUAGCCGCCUGCAAUGUUGACUCCUUGACGCUCCUACUAACUUGGGAAUCGCCCUUCUCGGCUGCUGCUCCCAUUCUGCUAGGCGCCCCCGCCGGUACUCGGGCGGCUGAAACGGCGACGCAGCGACCUCUGGCGGGCGCGGCGGAAAGACCCUCCAGCCAAGCCUCGAGGUUGCGGCGGAGAGGGAGGCGGGCUCUGGGCUCCGUGCGCGCGCAGCGGAAACGUCCUCCGCCGGUGACGUCACCCGGACCUUGCGGAAAAGGCGCUGCGGGAGUCGCCGCCGCCGCCGCCGCCGCCGGGGCGCUGCAGAAGGGUGAGUGGCGAGGGCGGGACGGGGCCGGCCGCGCGCUCCUUUCCUCGGCUGCCCUCGUCGCGCGCCUUGGCUCCCGAGGCCGCGCCUCCCCGGGCGGGCGGGAAGGCUGCGGGUGCGCGAGGGAGGAGGGCGGCCCCCGGGGGCCGGGAGGGCCGGGCUGCCGUGGCCGGGAGGGCUGCUGUGCCGGGCGCCGCUGAGGAACAAAGGCGGGGAGCGGGGAGCCCAGGCAAGCGCAGGGAGCCGCUGCCUGUGGGAAAGAGCCCUCGAGGCGACGAGCGCCUUCUGCUGCCCCCUCGCCCUGGGGGCCCUUCUCCCGAGGCACCCUUCUGGGCCAGUCAGAGGCGACCGGGUGCCCGCCUCACGGAGGAUUGGGGUGGUGCUCCCUGCCUUACGUGGCCAUGGGCUGCCUGCUUCUUAAAAAGCCGACACUGGAUCCAUCGGUUUCCAAUAAGCACCAAGGGGUGGGUGGGGUGGGGUGGGGUGGAGAGGGUUGUAGCAAAACUAGUUCAAGUGUUCCUGGGUGACCUGGUUAUCUGGCUCCCUUUCAGUCUGGAUUCAGGCCUGGUUUUGAAACUGAAUCAUUCCUGGUCACUCUGAUGGAUUGGGGGGGGGUUAGAGAGAGAAUAACCUUUUUCUCUUGAUCUCAGUGACUUUUGAUACCAGUGAUCUUGCUGGAUCAGCUGUGUGGGAUUUGUAUUGGAGGCAGGGUAUUCCAAUGACGCCAUUCCUACCUGCACAGUUGAGUUCCCAAGAUUGGCAUUGAAGGGUUGCUCCUUGACCCCAUAGUAAAUGUGUUACGGUGUUUUGCAGAGCACCACAUUGUCCCCAAAGCUGUUAAAACAUGUGCAGUAUAUGCAGCUGUUAAGGGCAGUCAUUGGAAAUUGUGGAGCAUCUUGUGGGGGCUUGUAGAAAGAUAGUUAAAAAUGGCCAACUAUCCCUCAAACAUCUAGCCUUGAAUGCUUUGUAUCUUAUGUCUUCAUUAUAUAUAUAUAUAUUUAUUUAUAUUUUUAAGAGGGUGAAAUUAUAUUUAUUGAGUCCAACUUCAACAGCUUCUCUAACUUUCUUCUGUGGUCAUAAAAAAAUGGACUUGUACAAUCAUGGGUGGUACAAAAAAACUAAAUAAAAUUAUCUUUAAAAGCAUUAAGCGAACCAACCAGCACACAUACCACAGCCCCAAGACUAAAUGCCUUUCCAUUCAAUUGUUGUAUUUCCACUUUAUAGAAUCUUCAUGGUCUUUGCCUUAACAAAAAAAAAGUUGAGUUGACAUUAUCUAGAAUAAUUUUUGUAGCUUACUGAACUGAAGCUUAUUUUAACUUUUAGCUAAUCUCAAUACAGCAGUCUUUUUAGCACCUGCAAUCAAACUCAAAACUCCUAUGUGAAAGUGUAACAAAUACUUUACUUUGUAUUGUUACGUUAUCAUUAAUUGCCACAACUGUAAACUAAUACCAUAUAGUCCUGCACAAGGAUGAGAAUUUGGAGACAUAUAAUUCAAGUGUUCAGCUGUUGACAGAGCUGCAAACCAUGGUUUUUCAUGUUAAUUUUUAACCAGGCUUUUUAGAAUCUGUAUUAACACAAGAUGGAACAAUGUUUUUCAAAAAAGCAGGAAAACAUAGUUCAAUUAAUGUUUUUACCACAUGAUUUACAGUCCCCAUCCUUACAAAUGUGCAGCGUUCUCCUUUCCAUUUCUGAAAGUCGAAGACUUCUGUAUUCAUCCCAUUUACAAAGAGCACCAUCAUUUUCUGCUUCCAUUGCAAAGAAAAACAAGGUUCUGGACAGCUGCAACUGUAGAAUUUUCAUUUUGUCCGGUGACAAGGUGUCUGUCCAAUACAACAUGCACUGCAUCUGCUUUGCUGGUGCUAUAGAUAGCUCCAGAAUCUUUUGCAAAGUCCUCAAAGAUAAUAGGCAAACUGGCAAAACUAGGCAGUCUUAUUAGUUCAUACACACAGGGACCUGUUAAGCUGUAUUCCUGAAAUACCCAGGAUUUGUCCUCAUUUGUGGCACAGUAUAAGGCGGCAGCUCCAUGUCCAACAGCACAUAUGGGUUUGUUUUCAGAGCUGAAAUGCUGCAAUAUUCUAGCUAAGUAACCACUGUUUGCCAGAUCCACUAUGGCACCAGGACAGUCUGGAAUCAACAAAGCAUGGUAUCUGGCACCAUCAGUUGAUUCCAGCUUGGCAGGAUUUGCGUAAGAUUUCAUUCGGAAGUCCUGGAUCCAACGCAUGUUUGCCUCAUUAACACCAGUGAAAUCAAUUGACUUGCCCCCUGGAGUAGCAACCUGUAGAUUAAAAGCAGAGCUUGCCAGGGUAAAAGAGUGAAGGAAGGAAUCAGCAGAUACCCCUGCUGCGGCCGCGCUGGCCGCUAUGAGGCACAUUGGCUUGCUGAACCUCUCCGACAUGGUGGCGGCGGCCGCGGAGCCUCCCUGCGGGAAAGAGGAAGCAGGCGGCGGCCGCCUUCUCAUGCGCUCCCGGGCCAACGGAGGGGGAAAGCCUAGCAGCGCCUGGCAUGUCUUCAUUAUAUGAAUUAAUAUCUGAGUGCUUUGAUUUUUGUUUUGUUGCAGUUUAUUUUGUAUCUUGUUUAUAAAUGAAAAAUCAGAAACAAAACACAGUGAGUCUUCCUUCAACAUUCCUGAAGGUCUUCAUCUGUGGAAUGUUCCUUUCUUGCCUACCUUUCCCCCUAAGUCAGAUGUAUAUAUUUAAGAUCUAUUAGUGUAUUUAUAACUAUUUUGAACUGUAUUCAGAUGCUCAGUGGUUGCAGUUAUGAUUGUUAUUUGUAGUUCUGUUUUUUCUUCUAAAAACUUUAGCAUUGCUUUUUAAAAUAUUAAGUAAAUGCCUUUAAAUAAAAUGUAAAAUACAUCAUGUAGACUGUCUCCUUCAUUGGCUAGAAUCCAUAGUAGCACCUAUAAGUAGACUUCUGCUCAGGGAAUAAUUUCACCAGCAGAAGGGAGAGAGAGAUGACGACUGCUGAUUUCCUUCCCCCUGCAGUGUCUUGUACCCAGAAUCAGCUCUGGAGAGUUGGGAGACAUCAGCGAAAUCUCUUCCCUUUUGCCAGUGGAUCCCUCCACUGGAUUAAAGACCUCUAGUUCCAUUACAUUUGGGGAGCAAAGUAAGACUUUUUAAAGAAGUUCACUGAUAACAUUGAGGAUAUUCCAGUUAUAUGCAUCUAGAGUUCAGGGAUGGUGUCUGUGUUGUGCUAAUCUUUAAAAUCCUUUUCUAAGGUGACUUUGCUAAGCUAACUUGGAUAAUGGCAAAGAUGGUAAGAAGACAGUGUGCAUUUUGCCCAGAUGAUGAAGAAUGUGCCAUUAUGUAUGUUGCUGAAGGACAGAACCUUGCAGUUCAUCAGGAUUGUUUGGUGAGGAUUAAUUCAUUUUUCUUUUUACACAAAACCCAAAAAGGGUUCUCUAAUUAUUGUUACUAAUAAAUUUCAGCAAUAGCUUUUCUCUAAUAAACACAUCAACUACAAUAACUUCCACAACCAUUCCUCCCUAUUAAACAAUAAUUAUUUCCAUCUUUUUCCACACAAGAGUCUGCCCCUAUGAUCAUAUAUUAAAAUAACAGUUCAUACUGUUUUUUUAUUAUGUAUUUGUAAAUUCACACCCAGUUCCAUAUCCUCCCAUCCCAUUUCCUGUUGUAUUUGCCAUGGUUUUCCAUCCUGAUUUUUAAAUAAACAUCUUCUUAAAGCCAGAAAGUAGCUCACAUACCAGACAGAGAAACCUCUCUAAGACAUAAAUUAUAACCGUCUCAGAGAGAUUGGAGAACAGGAGGCUUUUGCCGACCCUAUGCCCAUUAGGGCUCUCAUGUGGCUUUGGGGCAAGAUGUUGAUUCCUCUGCUCUUAAGUUGCUCACCCCCAUUCAGGUUCCAAGGAGCUUCUCGGUCUCCCAACUUUUAGUAAACAACUUUUUCAGAGCAUCAGAGGUUAAUUCCCUGUCAGAGUGAAUUCAAUAGCCAAAAUGUAUGUCUGGCUAUCAAUCACCAUGCAGCCAUCUCUGUUGGCAACCUGCCAACAGAAGACAUUGAGUCCGCCUUGUUCCCUCCCUGGAAGUCUCCCUUCCCAGCUGCAUCUGCUGUUCUUAAAGCCAUGGAUGGCCUGGGUGAGGCUGUUGCUCAGCUGGACUUGAUUAUUAUUAUUAUUAAUUAAAUUUGCAUACCACUCUUCAUCCAUAGAUCUCGGGGUCUAGGAUACAUCUGGUAUAGGAUGUGGAAGGCUCAUCUUUUUUUAUAGUGUUAGUAAGGCAGUUUCUAUGCCACAUUCAAUCCUGAAUCCCAGCUGAAAUGGAUCCAGGAAACCAGUUUCAUACAAGAGUGCCUGCCUCUAGUCAGAUCUGUUGUUGGACUACAACUCCUUGACCACUGCCACUGGUCAUGUUAGCUGGAAUUGAUGGAAAUUGGUACUCCAAAACAUUUUGAGGGCAUAAGGCUGGGGAAGGCUGUUGCAUACCAAUGCAUUCUCUUUCUAUGGUUCUCUUUCUAUAGAAUACUACCUGUGGGACAAAUGACAAAAUAGCAGAGGAGCUUAGUUGUAAUAUAAAGAUUGGUCUCAUAGUUAAACUAGAUGGCAUAACUAAAUUACCAGCUCUGUUGCCACUUCAAUAGUAAUUUUAACUGCUUUAAAAUUCUGUAGAUAUUUAGUGACAAUUUCUGUCACAAUUGCACCUAUUAUUAUUAUUAUUGUUGUUGUUAUUAUUAUUAAUAAUAUCCUGCCCAUCUGGCUGGGCUUCCCCUAGUCACUUUGGGCGGCUUCUAACACUUAUAAAAGCCAAGUAUAAUGGGGGAUGACCACCUCCCCUGUCUUUGCUCCUUUGCUUACUACCGGUUCCUGCAUUGUCAGUGAUUGGACUAGCUGACCUUUGGGUCCCUUCCAAAUUUGGAAUUCUAUGAUUCCACCAUUGCUCUUGAACUGAGGAGGCUCUUGAAAAAUGUCACUCUUGUUCUGUGGCAUGCGUGCCUGUUUGUGUGUGCAUGCAGAGUUCACCUUUUGUUCUAUUUAUCACCUAGUAACACAAAGAGGGCCCUUGGGGUCACCAGAUGUUGCCAGUGGAGACUGACAAGUGUUGGGAAAUAAGGUGUGCAGAUGGGGAACCAAAUAAUGCAAUUGCAACUUGGUACUGCUUUCUAAUAUUUGGCUACUUCAUUGUAGCAAUGACUGUCUUCAAGUGUACUAUAUAUACUAUGGUUCUUUCCUACCUACAUUGCAUGGUAGAGGGAGGUGAGAUGAAGAGAAAGCUUCCUUUGUGAGCUGGGUUGACUAUCUUAUCCUAUUUCAGUGCAUCCCUUAUUCAGUUUAAAUACAGGGUUCUUGAACAGCGCCCUGUCUUCUAGGAGACUGGAACAGCAAGGGGUGGUAUGCUCAACCUGGAAAAGUGGUAGUUAAAAUAAAAUCCAAGUACCGUAUUUUUUGCUCUAUAAGACUCACUUUUUCCCUCCUAAAAAGUAAGGGGAAAUGUGUGUGCGUCUUAUGGAGCCAAUGCAGGCUGCGCAGCUAUUCCAGAAGCCAGAACAGCAAGAGGGAUCGCUGCUUUCGCUGCGCAGGGAUCCCUCUUGCCGUUCUGGCUUCUGAGAUUCAGAAUAUUUUUUUCUUGUUUUCGUCCUCCAAAAACUAGGUGCGUCUUGUGGUCUGGUGCGUCUUAUAGAGCGAAAAAUACGGUAUAUACAUUAUUUUGAAUGGUUCUUAAUUGCAGAUAAGUUGCAGAUAACCAUGCAAAAGAAACUAACAUUGUGCAAAUCUAUGAGAGAACACUUAAAUCAAAUCUCUUCCCAACUGUUGCUGCUGUUCCUUAUUGCUUCAUUGUAGUAUCUCCUGGUUUGAUUUUUACUUCCUUUUAAUUUAUGUUUUUAUUUUUAGCUAUAUUCCUCUGGAUUCGUGGAAUCUGAAGAACAUAACCCUGAGAAUCUCGAUAUAAGGUUUGAUGUGGCUUCAGUAACGAGUGAAAUAAAAAGAGGAAAGAGGCUGGUGAGACCUUUUACAUUUUUAUGUGUAUAAAAGCAGACUAUGCAGAAUUAGUUCAGAAUUAUUUCUUUUGAUGCUAAGGUCAGAGUUACUUAGUUAAGAGGCAUAUACUGGCAAGUAUUCUGAGAAAAGAACACUUUAACACAGGGUCAGCAAACAUUUUCAGCAGAGGGCCAGUCCACUAUCCCUCAGACCUUGUGGGCGGCCGGAUUAUAUUUUUUGGGGGGAAAUGAACAAACUCCUAUGCCCCACAAAUAACCCAGAGAUGCAUUUUAAAUAAAAGGACACAUUCUACUCAUGUAAAUACAUGCUGAUUCCCAGAUAGUUCUCGGGCUGGAUUUAGAAGGCGAUUGGGCCAGAUCCAGCCCCCGGGCCUUAGUUUGCCUACCCAUACUUUAACAUAAUGCUCCUCAAAAAAACCAACCCUGCCAUUGUAAUAGCAAUGAAAGACUUGCUUUGUUUGGCAAUCACUCUUCCUCAACAGAUUUCUCCAAAAUGAAGGGAGAAGCAAUAGUCUUGGCUAAAUGUCUGGCUUUUCCCCUCAAAGCAUCCCUUGUGCACUCUUAAGAACUGUACAUAAAAUGCCAUCAAAGGGAUAAAAAAUGUUAGCGCCAAUUUGAAGUCUGAAUUCUUACCAUCAUCAGAUAUACAUCCUAUUGUAUAUAAGGUAACUGUAGUCUUGAUUGCAAAUUACAUUACCCAGUGCUUUUCUACUAGAAAUGUAAUAGCUGCUGGCACCUGUCUGUCUCGAAGUGACCUUCCCAGAGCACAUGCCUGGGCAGUGUAUCUGAAGGUCCUGGGCUGCUCAGAUAACAAAUCCCCUGUGCCUCUCAAUCUCGUUGAUGGGGUCCAAAGAAAAGCAGAGGCAAACAAGGCACCAUCCAACUGUCUUAGGGACUACACUCCAGAUUUGUGUAGGGUUUACUAUUCCUUAGAUUUUUCUUCUCCCGAAGGUAUCCUACAAGGGCAGCAGAAGGCUCCUUCUACUUGAUGGGCUCCCUUCCCAGGUUGAUGAGCCCCAUCUGCCCCUCACUUCCCUCAACAGCACAUGCAGAAAACUGCCUUCUUAACCAUUGGACCCACUCUUGGUCUUGUCCGCUCAAUCGGUUGGAGCCUCUCUUUGCAUGCAAGGAAAGUCCUUAAUCCACUAAAGGUCUGAGACCCAUUGGCUCCAUACACCUGGUUUAGCCACCCAGUCAAAGCCAUUUCCUGGCCUGGGGCUACUGUCACAUGCUGACAGCUUCUAAGAGGUGAGAGCUGAGGGCAGGGUGAGGAUCAGAGGUGGACAAACUGUCUCAGAAGGAGCGGGACGUGUCUCCCACCAGAGGUACUACCCCACUCAUAGCACCCCACAAAUGGAAUAUAUGGGAUGUUAUCAAUAGACAAUUUAAUAAUUAUUUCAUUGAAAUAAUUGUAUGGAGAUGCCAUGAAGGCUGUGACCACAUAUUUUUAAAUUAAAGAAUAUAAAUGCAAAGAAGUGUGGGGUAGAGGCCCAGGCUAGCCAAACCAUUCGCUAGAUAGAAGCAAAGCAUUUCUCGUAACCAAAUAAUUUAAAAAAUGUUUCUUUAGUUAAAAUUGCAACAGAGAGUUAGUAAUGAUUAGACAAAGUUAGACUGCAAUUUUAACCCCUGUCCUGGCUGUAAGUUGCAUUGAAUUCAGGUAGGACUUACUUAUGAGUAGCCAUGCCAAAGACUGUGGUUUAAAAAUUUUGGUUCACUGAAAGCUAAGAUUGCUAACAUCAGAACCAACCUGAUAUGGUACAGUUUGUUUAGACUCAAAAACCCAUUUUUUGCAGAUAUGCAAUUUCUGUCGCAAGAAAGGAGCCACUGUGGGCUGUGAGAUAAAAAACUGUCGCAGAAGUUACCAUUAUUUCUGUGCUUUGUGUGAUGAUGCUGCAAUAGAAACGGAUGAAAUUCAAGGCAUUUACCGGUAUUUAACAAAUUCUUUUCUAAAAUUUGUUGCAUUUUGAGAAUUUUCUUCCAUUUAUCUUUUACUUUGACACCAUUAUUGGGGUGGUUGGUACUGUCUUUGCCUGUUGGUGGCACCCGUCUGUCUGGGGAGACAAUGCAGGGGUGUUCCUUUGCGGGUGAAGUCAAAUUGCUGGAAGAUCACAGCACCUGCUGUGGCACCUAAUGGCCAGAUAAUAGACCAGGGGCCGACAAGGUUUACCUCGCCUGGGCCGGUUCACUCCAGCGGAGAUCCCUACGUGGACCGGAUCGCAUUCACACCCGAUUUCCGGCAUCUGCGCAGACACGAUUUCCAGCGUUGGUGUCCGCACAGAUGCGAUUUCCGGCACCGCGGAAGUGAGUCCCCGUGCGCCGGUUUAGUGCAGCACGUGGGGACUCACUGAGCAGGCAGCUCAGUUCAGAGACGGCUUGUGGGCUGGUUAAACGACCCCCGUGGGCCACUUGUGGCCCAUGGGCCUUAGGUUGCCGACCCCUGUAAUAGACUAUUCAGUCAGUCCCUCUGCUGGCUGAAAGCUUCCAUAAGUGAAAGGUUUUUCAAAAUUCCCCUUUUGUCCUGCACUUCCAUCCACUGCUCCAAAGCACCCCCUAAUCCUCUCGAGCAGGUUUGGGGAGACCCAGCAGAGUUGCAGAAAUAAGGGGAAGGUAGGAAAACUGGCCCUCUUUCUUUUCACAGAAGCUUCCUCUGCAGUCCAAAAGCCUUUCAUUAGUGAAAAACACCACCCAAUAUCUGAAUCUAAACAAUCCUGAGAACCAGCAAAAUAAACUUUUUUAUCCCCCAGAAUUGGACGUGGGGUUAUUCAUGAUAUGCCCGCUUUUAUAAGUUGCUCACCUUGGCUGUCAAAUCCACCUACAAGGUAGCAGAAUUGAGCACUUGCCUUGCUGUGGCGAAGGGGCUUGAAUAACUCAGAGAAGCUAUGAACUAUGCCAUGCAGGGCACCCAAGAUGGACAGGUCAUAGUGGAGAGUUUUAACCAAACGUGAUCCACCUGGAGCAGGAACCGGCAAGCCACUCCAGUAUCCCUGCCAAGAAAACUCCAUGGACAAAGACAACAGGCAUAUAAAAGUUAUGAUGCUGGAAGAUGAGCCCCUCAGGUCGGAAGGCGUCCAACAUGCUACUGAGGAAGAGCGAAGGACGAGUACAAGUAGAUUCAGAGCUGAUGAAGCGGCUGGGCCAAAGUCGAAAGGUAGCUCAGUUGCCUGGAAGCGAAAGGAAAGUCCAAUGCUGUACUGAAAAAUAUUGCAUAGGAACCUGGAAUGUAAGAACCAUGAACCUGGGUAAGUUGGAUGUGGUCAAAAAUGAGAUCGCAAGACUAAAUAUUGACAUUCUGGGCAUCAGUGAACUAAAAUGGACGGGAAGGGGCGAAUUCAGUUCGGAUGACCAUCAUAUCUACUACUGUGGGCAAGAAUCCCGUAAAAGAAAUGGAGUGGCCCUCAUAGUCAACAAAAGAGUGGCGAAAGCUGUACUGGGAUGCAAUCUCAAAAAUGAUAUCAUGAUCUCAAUACGAAUCCAAGGCAGACCUUUUAACAUCACAGUAAUCCAAGUUUAUGCACCAACCACUGGUGCUGAAGAAACUGAAAUUGACCAAUUCUAUGAAGACUUACAACACCUUAUAGAAAUGACACCAGAGAAGGAUGUUCUUCUCAUUAUAGGGAUUGGAAUGCUAAAGUAGGGAGUCAAGAGAUAAAAGGAACAACUGGCAAGUUUGGCCUUGGAGUUCAAAACGAAGCAGGGCAAAGGCUAAUAGAGUUCUGCCAAGAGAACAAGCUGGUCAUCACAAACACUCUUUUCCAACAACACAAGAGACGACUCUACACAUGGACAUCACCAGAUGGGCAGCAUCAAAAUCAGAUUGAUUAUUUUCUCUGCAGCCAAGGAUGGAGAAGCUCUAUACAGUCAGCAAAAACAAGACCUGGAGCGGACUGUGGCUCAGAUCAUCAGCUUCUUAUAGCAAAAUUCAAGCUUAAACUGAAGAAAGUAGGAAAAACCACUGGGCCGGUAAGAUACAAUCUAAGUCAAAUCCCUUAUGAAUACACAGUGGAAGUGAGGAACAGGUUUAUGGAUUUAGAUUUGGUGGACAGAGUUCCUGAAGAACUAUGGAUGGAGGCUUGCAACAUUAUACAGGAGGCAGCAACGAAAACCAUCCCAAUGAAAAGGAAAUGCAAGAAAGCAAAGUAGCUGUCCAACGAGGCCUUACAAAUAGCGGGGGAGAGAAGGCAAGCAAAAUGCGAGGGAGAUAGUGAAAGAUAGAGGAAAUUGAAUGCAGAUUUCCAAAAGAUAGCAAGGAGAGACAAGAAGGCCUUCUUAAAUGAGUAAUGCAAAGAAAUAGAGGAAAACAACAGAAUGGGAAGAUCUGUUCAAGAAAAUUGGAGAUAUGAAAGGGACAUUUCGUACAAAGAUUACCAUAAUAAAGGACAAAAGUGGUAAGGACCUAACAGAAGCAGAAGACAUGAAGAAGAGGUGGCAAGAAUACACAGAGGAAUUAUACCAGAAAGAUAUGGAUGGCUCGUACACCCCAGUUAGUGUGGUUGCUGACCUUGAGCCAGACAUCCUGGAGAGUGAAAUCAAAUGGGCCUUAGAAAGCACUGCAAAUAACAAGGCCAGUGGAAGUAAUGGUAUUCCAGCUGAACUAUUUAAAAUUUUAAAAGAUGAUGCUGUUAAGGUGCUACACUCAAUAUGCCAGCAAGUUUGGAAAAAGCAGCAGUGGCCAGAGGAUUGGAGAAGAUCAGUCUACAUCCCAAUCCCAAAGAAGGGCAGUGCCAAAGAAUGCUCCAACUACCGCACAAUUGCACUCAUUUCACACGCUAGCAAGGUUAUGCUUAAAAUUCUACAAGGAAGGCUCAAGCAGUAUGUGGACCGAGAACUCCCAGAAGUGCAAGCUGGAUUUAGAAGAGGCAGAGGAACCAGAGACCAAAUUGCAAACAUGCGCUGGUUUAUGGAUAAAGCUAGAGAGUUCCAGAAAGGCAUCUGCUGCUUCAUUGACUAUGCAAAAGCCUUUGACUGUGUCGACCACAGCAAACUAUGGCAAGUUCUCAAAGAAAUGGGAGUGCCUGAUCACCUCAUCUGUCUCCUGAGAAAUCUCUAUGUGGGACAAGAAGCUACAGUUAGAACUGCAUAUGGAACAACUGAUUGGUUCAAAAUUGGGAAAGGAGUACGGCAAGGCUGUAUAUUGUCUCCCUGCUUAUUUAACUUAUAUGCAGAAUUCAUCAUGCGAAAGGCUGGGCUGGAUGAAUCCCAAGCCGGAAUUAAGAUUGCCGGAAGAAAUAUCAACAACCUCAGAUAUGCGGAAGACACAACCUUGAUGGCAGAAAGUGAGGAGGAAUUAAAGAACCUUUUAAUGAGGGUGAAAGAGGAGAGCGCAAAAUAUGGUUUGAAGCUCAACAUCAAAAAAGCGAAGAUCAUGGCCACUGGUCCCAUCACCUCCUGGCAAAUAGAAGGGGAAGAAAUGGAGGCAGUGAGAGAUUUUACUUUCUUGGGCUCCAUGAUCACUGCAGAUGGUGACAACAGUUGCGAAAUGAAAAGACACCUGCUUCUUGGGAGAAAAACAAUGACAAAGCUAGACAGCAUCUUAAAAAGCAGAGACAUCACCUUGCCAACAAAGGUCCGUAUAGUUAAAGCUAUGGUUUUCCCAGUAGUGAUGUAUGGAAGUGAGAGCUGUACCAUAAAGAAGGCUGAUCGCCGAAGAAUUGAUGCUUUUGAAUUAUGGUGCUGGAGGAGAGUCUUGAGAGUCCCAUGGACUGCAAGAAGAUCAAACCUAUCCCUUCUUAAGGAAAUCAGCCCUGAGUGCUCACUGGAAGGACAGAUCCUGAAGCUGAGACUCCAAUACUUUGGCCACCUCAUGAGAAGAGAAGACUCCCUGGAAAAGACCCUGAUGUUGGGAAAGAUCGCACAAGGAGAAGGGGACGACAGAAGACAAGAUGGUUGGAUAGUGUUCUUGAAGCUACCAGCAUGAGUUUGACCAAACUGUGGGAGGCAGUGGAAGACAGGAGUGCCUGGCGUGCUCUGGUCCAUGGGGUCACAAAGAGUCGGACACGACUAAACAACAACAACAUGAACUUGGAGAUAUUGAAGAGUCAACAAAAGUGAUUCAUUUAGGUUGCCAUCCUAAGGCUGCUUAUGUCUUGUGUUGGAUUUCGUGGGAAACAUGCUGAAUAAAUUCUAAGGGAGUGCCAGGGAAAAACCCAAGCUAUUCAUUUUAAAUAAUUUUGAUUAGCUGGCUUGAUAGACAGAGAUGUGAGCCUUUGUAAUUUGAAGUGCAGGAACUUUUGUCAUGAGAACGUGGAGGCUCUUGUGAAUAGUCAUAAGAAUUCAGAUAUUGGGAUGUCCUCUGUUGUUUUGAAGUCACUGGGACACUGGCAUGAUGGAGGGGCCAGAGGCAAUUGAGCUACCAGGGAACAGCUGUUUUCAGGUGGUAACCAAGUUAUCUCUUUUCACCUUCUAAAUUGUGAAGGGCUUCUUGUCUGGCAGAAUUGAAAUUUAUAGCUAGAGAGAGCUAAUUUGAAUGGAAUUUUACAGACCUGACUAGUUUUGCUUUCUACAAUAGUUUGUUUGUUUUGUUUUAUUUAAAGCAUCCCAGAAUGGCUACAAGCGUACAAGCUAAAAGACACAACACAGAAAGGAGAAGGGAUUGAGAGAGAGGAGGAAAAAAGUGAACCUAGCUACUAGUGCUUGAUUACAGAGUUCUUCCUGUGUCCAGACGGAAUGGCAAUGGCUCAAAGAGGAGGAGCCAGAGGUUGCUUGGGCCUCAGCUGAGCAGAUGGAGUGGCCCUGCUCCCCAUCUCUCCCUCUGCUGCAGCCUGAUGCAGUGACUGUUGCUAGAUGCAGUUGGCGGGGGGAUGCUUAAUGGAGCUGGAUUCUCAGUAGAACUGACAGCCUGACCAGCCAACUUAAUUUUCAUAAUUUAUUUUUUCAUUGCCUAGCAAAAAGUAGUUUAAAAACUUGCUCAGUUCUUAGAAUUAAUUUUGAUAUUACCUGCCAGCAAAUUGAAGUUUCCCCUGAAAUUGCCUUGGAGACAGGUUAAUUAGACACCUGCAUUUGUUUCCCACCUCAGAGUCAUCUAAAACUUAGUGUGACAUCAGCUUAGACAACUGGGAGAGAACACCAAGAUCCCCUGAGCCAGAAGAACCUAGUCUCUCCUUCGCACCCCCACCACCAAUUUAUUAAAUUUAUUUGCACUAAGAAAGUCCCUGGAGUCCAUUCUGCUUGCCUGCUGUGCUGUCCAAACUGCUGUAAACAACACAGCUAGCAAGCAUCACUAUAUAUGGGGAGGGGGAUUAAAGUUCCAUAGAAAAGCAUUCAGUGGAGCCCCCCUCCUUUUGCUUUUUUUUUCUUGAAAGUUAACAUAGCCAGCCAGGGCACCUUAGUUAACCUAGAAUGGGGCAGGGCUGAUCAGGGCCCCCUCCCAGUCGAGUUAUGCCAUCUGGAGUGAACAGAAAGUGGAAAGGAAAUGAUGCAUUCACUCCCUUUUGAUCAUGUUUUAACCACAGUUAGUCACCCCCAUCCAAGCUGCUCUUCCUCUGUCCUGCUUCUUCCCCCUUCCUUCCUCCUCCCCCUCCUCUUUUCAACUGUUAUUUCUCCCAUUCCAGUCCUCCUCUCUGCUUUUGUUUUUUAUCUUUAACAUCUUGAAGGUCUUCCUACCUGCUUCCAAGAAUCCUUUGUUCAUCACAGCCAAUCAGGAAGUUUGAGGGGCUUUUGCCUGUCUGCUUGGCUUAACACAGGCACACACAAAGUGAGGUGGGCUUGGGAAGGGGGCUCUUCUGCUGUCUCAGCACAGGCUUGGGAACCUUCAUUGAGCGAGUAAAAGGACUUCAGUGUAUGGGACCAAGAGUUGCAAAUGCUUCACAUUCUCCCUCUUUUCUUUAAAAAACAAGGGUAAUUGAAAUGCACAGCCAUCAGAGCGUCAUGACCUUAAAAUAGUAACGUAUAUCUUUAGUCAUAGUUUUACCUGAAAUGUAAUACUGAGGAAGUAAUGUUAUAACAAAAACAAACCAGGCUGCUGUUGCAAAGAAAUUACCCAGUUGAGUCUGAUAAAUGCAGCAAGCUCAGGAGAUAGACUGAGCACACGGAGGUAGGAAGAGGGUCCAUGAGAUGUUAAAAUAGUUUUUAAACUUAAAAGUUUUAAUCAUCAGUUUUAAUCAUCAGAGCAAUAGUGAUUGGUGGGAAGAUGUUGAAAUUUUCCCUUAUGAUAUUUCCCCCUUUUCCCUUCCUGCCUUUGGGAUUUGUUGCUCUGUGUAGCCUGCCUUCACCCUUCUGUGUGCAACAGUGCAAGGGAAGGAGAAGGCAAGGGCACAAGUGAAAAUCCUUGCCUUAACAGGACCUUGACUUAGUGUUGCUUUGGAUACAACUCAGAAGCUUUUGGACCCUGUCUCCUCGCCAAGGAGAGGGGCCUACUUCUGAAAGUUCCUGGAAUGGAGAACUUACAUACUUCAAUAGUAAGGAAUUUUAUUUUCUCUGAAAAAAAAUGAAUAGAUGGCAGAAUAAUUUGUCACUAUUUCAUUGGUAAACACUGAUCACUCCACUCUACAUAGCUUGCCUGACACUCAUGAUUCUUUCUUGCAAAAAUAGCACAUCAAACCCUUUCUUGAAUAGGCACUUGGUGUUGUCUUAGUGCUCCUUUCAGAUAAGUAUCAGUGGUACCAUUCUUCCAGAACUGAACUCUUCACUGUGUCUUACUACAUUUAUGUACAUUUUAAUAGAAAUGAAUGCAUUUGUUUAUAUAUUAAUUCAAUUUCUUUUCUCUCGUUAUUUCUCCAAUGUAUUAGAGUGUUCUGUCCAAACCAUGACCCAGUCAAGAAGACAAGCUUUUAUGGUUAGUUUUUUUCCUCAUCAGACUCUUCUCCAUGCUUCAAAUAGUCAUUUUUAGCAGAUGCAGUAAUGGAAUAUUUGUUUAUACAUUCCCCACUAUUGAAACCCUUGACAAAAAGUGUGUCAAGAGUGCUUUUAUAAAACACUGAAAACCAAUGUAUUUUUUCUCCUACCCAUAUGAACAAGAGAACUACAAAAUACUAUACAAUUUACCAUUGUAGGGGUUUUUUUGUCAGAGGUUGGUCUGGUUCAGCAGUGAUUUCUCCAGUUCAAGUUCCAUGUGGAAGAGUUUUUCCAGUGGUUGCUGCUCAUCACUGGACCCAAUAAAUGUUGUUUUCCUGACUUUGUCUCUCUGCAGCUCUUCAGAAAACCAAAGCCACCCUCCCUUCUGCCCUCCACAGCAACUAGCGCCUUGUAGAUAAUUCCCUGCUCACGUAGGUUGGCAUCACGCAUCAGCUGACAUUAUUCCUGAUUAUUCAGAAAAUGGCCAGAUUCCAAUUCAUAGAAAAUUACUAAUUUUCUCAUAAGACCCACACAAAUUGCCCACAAGGCAGCCUGAUACUGUCUCUCUGCUCAUUGCACCUGCAACAUACAUGCAGCUGCUCAGAGACUCUGAACUUCACAUUUUGUGCAGGACGGAGGGACAGUUGAGUUGCUGCUUAUCUAGCUUUCUUAAAAUUGUUGUUUACAGUUUAAAGUAAAUGUUGGUUCUUUCAAAUGGUGGUAUUUUCCUAUCCACCAAAUUGUAUUACACACCAAAAUACUUUUGUUCGUUCUUGUUUCUGUUUCUGCCAAUUCCAAGACACUUUUCAGAGAGUACUUCCACCACCAACUCAUUCUGAUUUGACCCAUGUUUUCCUUUUUCUUGUUUCUUGAUAAAAUUGUGCUGGGAGGAGCUUUUAGUACUUGCCUCAUGACUGAAAUGAGAGAGAGACUCAGGUUGUGGACACGGUGUGUUCUGUGGCUAAAAAGUGAAAUGAUAGCAUGAAACUUAACUAUACUGCCCCACAAUUCUGUGAUUGUUUUUCAAGACUGGUGUACAGGGUAGUUCUUUGACUUGGCCCAAGGUGCAAAGAGGGGAAAAGAAUUUAUUGCACUCUUGUGCCAGUAUUACUUGGACUUUCAAGAUACAAGAAGUAGUAUUUGUUAACAAAUACAAACACACAAAAUCUCCAUUUUGCCAUUAUGCCAAUUCACUGGAUGAUUCUUAAGUCCUUAUCAUUGUAACUCUUAAGACGAAUUUAAAAAGAAGUAAUUCUAACGUGUUCUGUCUGUUUUUAUAGUGUAUCUUGCUAUAACUUACUGAAGUACUAUAAUAAAUUAUCUGGUAAAAUAUAAGCAGCAGCUAUCUUAUUUCUAGAUGAGGACAGCAAGAAGGGGCGGCCCCCAAUCCUAAUAAACUCUUCCUGCAGUGGAAAAAAAAUGGUAAUUAAUAUAUAUUUUUAAGCCUUUUUAAUGUCUACACCAUGCAGUAAAUUUCCUCCAAUGAGCCAUGCUUCCUUGCUACAUUGGUCUCACAUGUGAUUUAAGUCUGAGUUCUAAUUCAGUUUGUUCUUUUUUGACCCGUUUUAGUUUCUGACUGCUGCUAGGUGCUAAAUCUUGGGAAAUAAAAUGUGCAUAGCUGAACUGUGUGUGCCACUUUGAGCUGCUUGGAGGAAAAGUGCUAUGAAUUAAUACAUGGAUUACUUGGGAGAUAAUUUAGCUUAAGAAACAGCAUAUGCUUAGUGCAAAGCAUGGAUAGGAUUCAGCUCUAAUCUUGUUAACAUGUGAAGGUGGGGAUUGUUACACUGGAAAAACAUGAACAUUGUCGUUAGUGUUCUGAACAAUACUGAUAAAUAUGCAAACUUGUUUUUAAAAACACUUUUGACAGAAUGAUAAUGAAACAGUUGCAGAAGAGAGCCUACAACAGGUCCUUAAGAGAAAAAAUGACCAGCAGAAAGGUAGGACUUCACUGUGUUUGGCACUUGUUAGGAUUUCUAGUAGCCUGUUCUGCAGCUUUUUGCCAUGAAUGUGAGUCAAAUUACAAAGAUGGCCACUCAUGAUUAUUAUAGAGGCCAUUUCCUAUACAGUGGUACCUUGGAUUAAGUACUUAAUUCGUUCUGGAGGUCCGUUCUUAACCUGAAACUGUUCUUAACCUGAAGCACCACUUUAGCUAAUGCGGCCUCCUGCUGCCGUCGUGCCAUCGGAGCACGAUUUCUGUUCUCAUCCUGAAGCAGAGUUCUUAACCCGAGGUACUAUUUCUGGGUUAGCGGAGUCUGUAACCUGAAGCGUAUGUAACCUGAGGUACCAUUGUAUAUAUAAAUGUGACUUGAUACAGGUACCAUUGUAUAUAUAAAUGUGACUUGAUACAGAAACAUACUUUCUUCUGAGAAAUAUACAGUUCAGCAAACUGCUUAGACAUUUGGGCCAAAAAAUCUUUCUUUCCCACCAAACUCAUUGAUUUCAACAUUUCUUCUCUUCUCUCAGAAUUGUUCCUAAUUGGCUUCUAGAUGGCUCAGAUACUUAGGUAUAAGUGUCUAGUCUUCAGCUUUUGAGUAAUCUUCACCUGACACUGGUUUUAAAUUUACCUUCAAUUCUGUUUCAUAGGAGUUUCCAGGCCUUGCACAUUAUAUGAUGAUAUUCUUUUUUCAGGCAUCAUCACACUCUGUAGUUUUUAACUUUCACUUUUUUCUAUAAUACAAAACUAGCAUUAUUAUUAUUAUUAUUUAUUAUUUGUACCCUGCCCAUCUGGCUGGGUUUCCACAGCCACUCUGGGCACCUUCCACAAAGACCAAAAAUACACUAAGAUGUCACACAUUAAAAACUCCCCUGAACAGGGCUGCCUUAAGAUGUCUUCUGAAUGUCAGGUAGUUGUUUAUCUCUUUGACAUCUGAUGGGAGGGUGUUCCACAGGGCGGGCGCCACUACCAAGAAGGCCCUCUGCCUGGUUCCCUGUAGCUUUGCUUCUCGCAAUGAGGGAACCGCCAGAAGGCCCUCGGCGCUGGACCUCAGCGUCCGGGCAGAACGAUGGGGGUGGAGACGCUCCUUCAGGUAUACUGGGCCGAGGCCAUUUGGGGCUUUAAAGAUCAACACCAACACUUUGAAUUGUGCUCAGAAACGUACCGGAAAUGUAGGUCUUUCAAGACUGGUGUUAUGUGGUCUUGGCGGCCGCCCCCAGUCACCAGUCUAGCUGCCGCAUUCUGGAUUAGUUGUAGUUUCUGGGUCACCUUCAAAGGUAGCCCCACGUAGAGCGCAUUGCAGUAGUCCAAGUGGGAGAUAACUAGAGCAUGCACCACUCUGGCGAGACAGUCCGCGGGCAGGUAGGGUCUCAGCCUGCGUACCAGGUGGAGCUGGUAGACAGCUGCCCUGGAUACAGAAUUGACCUGCGCCUCCAUGGACAGCUGUGAGUCCAAAAUGACUCCCAGGCUGCGCACCUGGUCCUUCAGGGGCACAGUUACCCCAUUCAGGACCAGGGAAUCCCCCACACCCAUCCGCUCCCUGUCCCCCAAAAACAUUACUUUUGUCUUGUCAGGAUUCAACCUCAAUCCAUUAGCCACCAUCCAUCCUCCAUAAUCACAUUGUGACCACUAACAGGCCAAUAACCUGGACCCAUGGGUUUCUGUGGCAGAGGGGAAAGCCGCAUAUAAACACACAUUAUCUAAGCUUUUGGCUUGUUCUUGAGCCUUUGCUGCUGCUGCUUUUCCCUGGUGGAGAAGUGAUUGCUGCUUCAAAAAAUAUUUAAAGCAUCCAGGAUUUUAGUGUAACUAUGACUUGAGAGUAUCUUGCAAGCUAAAAAACAAAAUGUCUUGAAAGUAAAUUACUGCUCUUGCUAGAAAGAGCUUCACAAUGCCAGUAGAUAUGGAACUGUUUGAAAAAGGAUGUAUUUCUCUCUUAACAGUAAGGAUAGACUUUUUAAGGAAGUGUAAGCAGGCUGGGCUUCUUGAUGAAAUCUUUGAGGAAAUGUUAGACACUCUUCACCUUGCGCAAGAAAAGCUGAUGGAUGACAACACUUCUGAAGCAGGUACUGGAAAGUGUUUUUAAGUCACAGCCAUUUGGGACAGUUGCUAAUUUGAGCUUUUUGGUUCAAGGCAUGACCUCUGAAUGCUUCCGUAGGGCUUACCUCUCAGGAACAAGACUGCUUGGCCCUGUUUAUUUCUCAUGUUCUUUUCCCCCAGCCUACUGUUGCAGGAUGAGUUUUUGACUCUCCCCUACAGAGCACAAAUGCACAGUUGGGCUUUGGGGCACCCUGUGACCUUCCCUUGCAACAGGUUUUAGUGGAAGCAGAAAGAGAAGACUGGUUAGGUGCAACAGCCCUGAUACCCCUGGGUUCAGGGGGAGGUCAUGACCAUUUUAUACACUGGCAUGACUUUAUUUAUUGUAUGCAUUCAUAGCCCAGCCUUCACCAAGCAUGUCCAGGGUGGGUUACAUACAGCUCAAUAACCUAUUUUUACUGAGUAUACAGGUGAAACUAAUAUAUGAGAUAGACUCAUGACACGCAAAGCGAGAUAUGCCAAGCCUUUAUUUGUUAUACUUGUGAUGAUUAUGGCGUACAGCUGAUGAAAACUCCAAAUUAACAAUCUCAGAAAAUUAGAAUAUUGUGAAAAGGUGCAGUAGCUAUUCAAUCCAUAACACCUGCAAUGGGAUCCUGAGCCUUUAAAUGGUCUCUCAGUCUGGUUCAGUAGGAAGCACAAUCAUGGGGAAGGCUGCUGAUCUGACAGUUGUGCAGAAAGCCAUCAUUGAGACCCUCCAUAAGGAGGGAAAGCCUCAAAAGGUAAUUGCAGAAGAAGUUGGAUGUUUCCAAAGUGCUGUAUCGAAACACAUUAAUGGAAAGUUAUGCGGAAGGGGAAAGUGUGGAAGAAAAAGGUGCACAAGCAGCAGGGAUGACUGCAGCCUGGAGAGGAUUGUCAGGAAAAGACCAUCCAAACGUGCUGGGGACUUUCACAAGGAGUGGAGGCUGGAGUUAGUGCAUCAAGAGCCCCCACACACAGACGGAUCCUGGAGAUGGGCUUCAAAUAUUGUAUUCCUCUUGUCAAGCCGCUCCUGAACAAGAAACGUCAGAAGCGUCUUACCUGGGCUAAAGAAAAAAAGAACUGGUCUGUUGCACAGUGGUCCCAAGUCCUCUUUUCUGAUGAGAGCAACUUUUGCAUCUCAUUUGGAAACCAAGGACCCAGAGUCUGGAGGAAGAAUGGAGAGGCACACAAUGCCAGAUGCUUGAGGUCCAGUGUAAAGUUUCCACAGUGUUGGUCCACUGUGCUUCAUCAAGUCCAGGGUCAACGCAGCUGUCUGCCAGGAGAUUUUGGAGCACUUCAUGCUUGCUUCCGCAGAUGAGCUUUAUGGGGAUGCUAACUUCAUUUUCCAGCAGGACUUGGCACCUGCCCACACUGCCAAAAGUACCAAAACCUGGUUCAGUGCCCAUGGGAUUACUGUGCUUGAUUGGCCAGCAAACUCGCCUGACCAUUAUCCCAUAGAGAAUCUAUGGGGCAUUGCUAAGAGAAAGAUGAGAGACAUGAGACCGAGAAAGCAGAAGAGCUGAAGGCUGCUAUUGAAGCUAUUGAAAAAGUAUUCCAUAACACCUCACCGCAGUAAUUGAUGCAAAAGGGGCCCAAACCAAGUACUGAGUACAUAUGCAUGCUUCUACUUCUCAGAGGUCCAAUAUUGCUCUAUUUGCAAUCCUUGUUUUGCUGAUUUCAUUUAAUCUAAUUUUCUGAGAUUUGGGAUUUUCAUCAGCUGUAUGCCAUAAUUAUAACAAUUAUAACAAAUAAAGGCUUGACAUGUCUCACUUUGCGUGUCAUGAGUCUAUCUCAUAUAUUAGUUUCACCUUUUAAGUUGAAUUACUGAAAUAAAUGAUCUUUUCCACGAUAUUCUAAUUUUUCGAGUUUCACCUGUAUCCUUGUGUGUACUGUAUAUUAAAAUCUGUGUUCAUGCAGAGGUAUCAGCAUGGUUUUGUCUCUACCCUCAGAAUAUGAAGAAACAGUAAUGUCACUUUUUGACUGUGGCCUUUUUGAAAAUAUACUUGCAACAGCUCACUCUGGUAUGUAUGCAUGAAGCAAAAUUUGGAACUUCUCUCAGUGACUACUUUUUGAGCCUGGGCAAUCUGGUUUGGCAUUAAAACCCAAGCACAAAUGUCUCAGCACCAAAGUAGAAUAGAUCAGUUACUUGGUGCUGAAAUAAUUCAGACUGUUUGGCCUGAUUAUUCUUUUGAUCUUACGAAGAAAACCACUUGCCUAUUCUGCUUAUUAGGCUGCAUUUCUGGGACUAAGUCUUACUGAACUCAAUAAGUAGACUAUAUUCCAUUGUUCAUUUUUAAGGAGUGGGAAGGAGAAGGAAAUGAGUUAUCAGUACUAUACCGUAUAUUUCCUGCUGUAAGAAGGGGCUGCCUGGCAUAACUGCUGCAUUGCUCUACCAAUCCGUAGUCCCCCUUUGUGCCUUUUCAGGCAUGAAUAAUAGUUAUAUACAUUUCCCUGUAAAAAAUGUUUUGGAGGGGGUUAAUAUUUUGACCCUUUUUGUAGAAUUAUGCUUGUGUAUUCAGGUAACUCAAAUUGCCUUUAUGAAAUCAGUUGAUUGAAAGGACAGUCACAAUGGAGAAGAUAUUAGAGAAACAAAGGAGUCAUUUGAAAACAACAAACUUUUGCAUUUUACAUUAAUACUAAGCAUCAAUUGUAAAUUCUACAGGAACUGAAGAAAAAAUUCAGCAGCUACUGCACACACGGGAAAGACUGGAUACUCAGAUUGAGCUUCUGAAAGAUUUGAAGGAAGUAGUACUACCUGCCCCAGAAGACACAGCUAGUGUAUCUAAUAGUAUCUCUGAACAACCUGCAUAUUUCUGUAAUACUUGAUCAUGAUUUCUCCUAUCUGGUUCUUGCAUAAAAUCAACUUUCCAGUUAGAUAAGUCUGCUUGUCCUUAUAUAUCACAUUUGUUAUAACUGUUUUUUUCCUCUAAUCAUGACCGUGAGACACUUUUGUUCCAGCAAAGGCAUUUUUUUCUUUUGGUUUUGACGGUCAAAUUCUCUUUUUGUCUAUUGCCAAUUCAUUUAUGUGAUUAUUUGGAAAGGCAAGGGAAAGCCUGUGUCCUCUUGAUAGCCAUCUCCAAGAUCACGGCUGUCUUUCUGAUCUAUUCCAGUACAGGAAGAAUCGGAUGUGUUUACCACGUGUUCUUCAUAGCUUCUUUGCAACUGAGUCUCUAGAACCAGGGCAGCUCCAGCCAGCAGGGCCAGGAGACAUCAGUGAAGGGAUGGAGAACCCAAGGUCAGCCUUCCUAAAGGAUUGCACUGUGGUGCUAUAAUAGUUGUCACUACCCAUACUUUUUAAAUCAAUGGAAACGUCUUCUAUCUGCUCCUUCAAGACACUUGACUACAAUUGGUACUGAAAUUAAACACCAUAGUUUCACUUUCCAAAGAGAAAGUCAAACCAUGAACCUUCGUACUUAUAGUUUUACAGAAUAGAUCCUGUCUGUAAAAUGACCCUGGCCUUGCAGUAGGAGCCCAAACAUUAGAUGUUUCAGACACCUCAGGAGGGCUUAAUGUUAAAAUGUUUCAGAGAAUCAGUUUCUUAGAAUCAUAGGUAGUUGUGUGUGUGUAAAGAAUAUUUGCAAUUGUUUGAUUACAGAAUUGUAAAUAAUCAUUUAAUAAAAGUGGGUUUUUUUAACAAA